AUGGAGAUUCCACCAGGCUUCACUACUUCUCAAGUAGCUGGGAAGGUGUGCAAGUUGAAGAAGUCGUUGUAUGGGUUAAAGCAGUCUCCGAGGGCAUGGUUUGACAGAUUUAGAUUGGCAGUCUGUGGUAUGGGAUACAAGCAGUGCAAUGGGGAUCAUACUAUAUUUUACAGGCACUCCAAAACUCGUAUCACUAUCCUGACGGUCUAUGUUGAUGAUAUUAUAAUCACUGGAGAUGAUGCUGAGGAAAUCUUACGGUUGAAGAAGAAAUUAGGAGAGGAAUUUGAAGUUAAAGAUCUGGGACCGUUGAAGUACUUCCUCGGAAUUGAAUUUGCAAGGUCACGAAAGGGUAUAGUGCUUUCUCAGCGGAAGUAUGCUUUGGAUCUUCUCUCAGAGACAGGGAUGUUGGGGUGCAGAGUUGCAUCUACUCCUAUCGAGCAGAAUCAUAAGAUGUGUGCUGAGGGUGGUGAUCCAGUAAGUAAAGAGCAAUAUCAAAGAUUAGUUGGACGACUUAUAUAUCUAUGUCAUACGAGACCUGAUAUUACUCAUGCAGUGAGUGUGGUGAGUAGAUAUAUGCAUGAUCCCAGAGAGCAGCAUAUGGAGGCAGUUCGCAGAAUUCUUAGGUAUAUUAAAGGAAGCCCAGGAAAGGGGUUAUGGUUCAGGAGUUUUAGACAUUUGAGAAUUGAAGGCUAUUGUGAUGCUGAUUGGGCGGGUUGUAUGGAUGAUCGUAGGUCCACUACAGGCUACUGUGUAUUUGUUGGAGGCAACCUCGUAUCUUGGCGUAGCAAGAAGCAAGAUGUGGUGGCUAGGUCUACAGCUGAGGCCGAGUACAGGGCUAUGGCAGUGAGUCUGUGCGAGUUAAUGUGGGUCAAAAACAUAUUAUCUGAGCUGCGCUUGUUUAGAAGAGACCCCUUACAACUUUGGUGUGACAACAAAUCGGCGAUUAAUAUUGCAAACAAUCCUGUUCAGCAUGAUCGGAUUUGGUGUGACAACAAAUCGGCGAUUAAUAUUGCAAACAAUCCUGUUCAGCAUGAUCGGACCAAACAUGUGGAGAUUGAUCGGUUCUUUAUCAAGCAAACAAUCCUGUUCAGCAUGAUCGGACCAAACAUGUGGAGAUUGAUCGGUUCUUUAUCAAGGAGCAACUAA